AUGCUGCCUCAACGUUCUUCCUGCCACUCUGCUCCCCCUCGUCCCAGGACGACGCUGCAGCUGGCCUACUUCCCGGAAAGCAGCGGCGGCGGCAUCGUCUCCCACGCCGUCGCGGCCGCCGCGGCCGCCCUCAAGACGGACGCGGGCGCCGAGGGCGGCGGCGCUGACGCGGCUGUGUCAAAGGCGCGCGCGCACCUCCGCGCCGGCCGCCUGCUCGCCGCCGCCGACGCGCUGUCCCGCGCCGCCGCCGGCAGCCAGGCGGCCGACGCGGCGGCGGCAUGGGUGGCGGAUGCGCGCGCGCGGGCGCUGGCCGACCAGAAUGCGCGGCUGCUGCAGGCGCACGCGACCUCAACCGCAGCCUCCCUCGCUUGA